UUAGAUUGAAUUGCGUAGUCAAAAACACCACUCCAGCGUCUUAGCCAGAGAAGUAGAACUAAUAGUUGAUAUUGGUUUUAUAGAUCUAUGAGAUACAGUGAAUUUUGAAGUUGACUUUUGAUAUGGUUGAUGUACCACAGUAGUGGAAGAUUCUAAAAUAGGCAUUAUUAAGGAUAAUAUUGGAUAAGUAGGUAUAAGUUUAACUUGAUAUAAUCAGUUACAAUGAUUCAAAAUAUGAUUUCUUGUUCAAUUUCAUUCAAACUUGGAUGGUUUACAUCAUUUGACUGGAGAUUAUGACCAACGCAUCAGUCCUUCCCAAUUAGGAAGGCAGAUUGCGCAACCCUUUUUUCUGGAACCGGUCAAAAAAAAAAAAAUUAAAAAUAAAAUUUAACAAGAUGAGUUCGGUUGCACAGAUUGAUUCAUUUGGGGUAAUUUGAUUCAAAUUCAACUUAUUUAUAGAACAGGAUAUUAAUAUCUAUUAUCAUAGAACAUGGCUAAAAAAAUUUCAAAACGUAGUAGAGCUGCAAGAAGAGGUGAAAUUGCAGAUGAAGGUGAAGCCAAAGAAUUAAGUAAUAUUGCUAAACCAGAAAGUAAUGAUGUUAGAAAGUCUAUUAUCAGAACCACUAUUAAGAAUGAAAAUUUAUUAAUGAAGAAAAUGGAAGACCUGAAAAUCAGAAAGGCAGCCAACAGUAAUAAGAAGAAAUCAAAUGCAUUAAGAUCUAAAGUGGAAAGAAAUGACAAAUUGAGUGGAGUGUUAGCAGGAAAGAUUGAACAAAGUAUAGCUAGAGCCAAGUAUGUUCAAACCACUAGAAAGUCAGGAUGGGAGAGAAUAAAUAAAAGUAUCACUAUUGCCAGUGAAAUAUCCAUAAUAGAUACAGCAAGCAAAGAUGAUAAAGAAGAUGAUGAUGUGGCCAGAGAAAAGACGGCCGAAGAAAUUGAAAAAGAAGCAGAAGAUGCUUACGUCAGAGAUUUCUAUGGAGAAGAUAAACCAGAAGGAAAAGAAGAAGAAGAAGAAUCCGUGCCUAUUGUUUCAUUGAGUAAUAACAGAUUUGCAUUAUUAGAAGAAACUGAAAGUUAGUCAGGUAGAUAUAUUCUUGUGUACAUUAAUCCACCCCAUUAUUUAACAGGUUCAAUUUUGAUAUUAUAUGUAGUGUAGAGAGGUAAACUGUAAUAUUGAUGAACAAGAUAAUAAAAGAUGGACUAGAAGAACUACUUAAUGUGAUUUGAUUUGAUUUGAAUAAAUCUUUUUAUUUGGAACUAUGUUCUAAGCUAUAAACUGAGAUGAUAAUCAUAUUGUUCCCGGUCAUCCAUUUUAGAGAUCGUUGUAGAACCACCAGAUCAAAGGUAUUUGACGAUCGCAAUUGACAAAUCCUUUCCCACAACAACACAGCGCAAAACUAGAAUGAUUAAUAUCGGCCUUUAGCA